CCCCGCAACUCUCUUCUCACCGACCUCCUGGCCAUGUCCUCCUUUGCCAUGCUGCGCUCGGCACCCAGCCGCUUCCUCUACCCCGAUAUCAGCAUGCUCUCGGAGGACGAGGAGGAUGGGAGUGAGAGCUCAGGGUCAGAGGACAAGCCCUACCACCUGGACGCCAGCGGAUAUGGACUCAAGAGCAGCAAGCGCCGCAGCAAGAAGGCAAACCGGAUCAACAGGGAGCCCCGGCAGCGCCACACGGCCAACGCGCGGGAGCGGGACCGCACCAACAGCGUCAACACAGCCUUCACCGCCCUGAGGACACUCAUCCCCACUGAGCCAGCCGACAGGAAGCUCUCCAAGAUCGAGACUCUCCGCCUGGCCUCCAGCUACAUCUCACACCUGGGCAACGUCCUCCUGGUGGGGGACACAUGUGGAGAUGGGCAGCCGUGCCACACCACGCCAGCCUUCUUUCACCACAGCAGCAGCAGCAGCAGCAGUAGUCCCCCCAUGAGGGAGAGCGAAAACUCCCAGCCCAAACAGAUCUGCACUUUCUGCCUCAGCAACCAGAGGAAGAUGAGUUGCUGUCUUCGGGCUGAAAUUGUUGAGAGAAGAUUGUGCCUCUGAGACCCGUUAUCACGCAAAUUUAAAAGAGUAAAGACCGAGACAGGAAGUCGGCGAUUCGGAGUUAAAUGACUAUGGAUUCAGGAAGGAGGAGGAGGAGGAGAUUAUGAGGGGAAAGAUGGAAAAGCUACACACGCAAAACAAAGACAGAAUCUUCUGGCCUGUGCCUGGCUGCUGCUGCCACCGGGAGCCCUGUGGUUCUACCCAAGAUUAACUUAUGGCAGCCCGUCCCUGGGGAGAGACUGAGCACCCUCUAGGCCUGGCUUUGCAGGCAAGAAAAGCAGGCUUUCAUCUGCAAAGAAAAGCAGGACUCUGAAUGACUCUGCUCUGCAGUGCUGGGAGGCAGCGGCCCUUGGCAUGGCCACUGAGGCAAUGGGGGGGGGGGCUUUCCUGACCAGCAAGCAGAAGGACAUGGACUUGCACAUGGCAGAACAAUCCUCAUGGACCUGAAUCCCGCUAUAGGGAGGAGGAAGUAAUGGUUCCCCGCGGGAGAUGGAAGAAGAAUGAGCACAGCGCAACCCCUGGACUUGCCUUCAAAUCCAUAGUUAUGGGUCAUCCUGUUCUCAGAACCUUCGGUGGGGUUACAAUCAAUACAUGCUGGAGUUUCAUGUCAUUGAUAAUAAUAUAAAUCCAACUUGUUUGUAUAGCGAGAGAAGACUAUGUUGUACUGACCAGAUGCAAACUUCCUUUUAGGCUCAUGCCAUUUGGCCAACAGGGUCCUGGGCAUUUCUAGAUGAAC